AUGGAGCGAGAAUUGAUUGCAACAGUUGAAGGAGACGCUGAACAGCUGGAUAUAGUUAAGUUGCCUCUGGCUAUGAAGGAAUUGAUAUUUGAAAAGCUUUCAAUUCAAUUAAUCUGCAGCUCUCGCAUAGUCUGUAAGGAAUGGAAUUCGAUUCUGUCUUCGCAAAGUUUUCUGUAUUCACUGUCCACCCAAAACCCAUGGCUUCUCAUCUGCAGUCAACAAGUGUGUGGAAAUUGGGGCUGCAUGGCUUAUUGCUUCUCUGCACAGAAAUGGAUCACCCUCCCUCUCUCUUUUCUCCCAAAUCCCGAGGGACAAAAUGUCAGAAAUUUAUUAAGGUGGGGACAGGGGUUACUGAUUUUUCAGGAAACCCCCACUUCGCAGUUAUUUGUUUGCAAUCCACUUAUGAGAUCUUACGCCGAGAUAGAAAUAGAUUUGACGCACAGAUUUAUCCACAUUGUACAGAGAAGAAACAAGGACCCGUAUUUGGUAGUUUGCUCGAACUCGGAAAUUUUUUCCUUUCAGAUCUACCACUAUUUUCAAGAUGCAUGGAAGAUUAAGUUUCAGUUUGCAGGCGAAACUGAGUCUGAUGUAAUGUGUAAUGAAAUGGUUGAGUGCAAUGGUGUUCUUUUCUGGACGGCAAUGGUGCCUACCACUAUAGUGGGCUACAAUAUUAAAGAUGGCGGUUUAAUUAGCCCGGUUAUAGUAGCUCCAUUACCCCGCCAAAUGGUUCAAGAUCUAAAUAAGUGUGUUUUAUAUAUUGUUUCAUAUGGCUCCUCAGUUCUUGUGGUGGGGAUCUUUCAUGAGAAGAUAGACUGGAUUGACCCAUUUGCUGCACUCAUUCCGGCCCUUGAUAUAACUCACCCAUUAUUCAUCUCGCACAUCGAUUUUGACAGAACUUUCCCAAAUAGGAUGGGUAUUGUUAUCUGGGAGUUGUUUCAGGACGAGGAAGAUAAGUUGGUUUGGAAGUGGAAGGAGUUUGCAAGAAUGUCUUCACAGUCGCUCCCUCAAUAUCUCGACCCAGAUUGGUGGCAUGGGAAGUGUGUUUGUGUGGGAGAGUACCUGUGCUUCAGCAAUCUAUAUAGAGGUGCUGAGGGUGCAAAAGUGUUUGCAUAUAAUCUAAAGGAAGGAUUUUGGCAACGCCUUCCUCCUUGUAAAAUUCGGUACAAUAAACUGACGAUGAUGUCGUUCGAACCGAAAUUCAAUCUUUUUCAGCUCUUAGGAAAAUUGAGAGGAGGGAUAACAUGA